AGUUAUGCGCGUUUUUCUACAAAAUACACAUUCUGUUUAAAGUUCAUUGUAUUAAUUAUUUUUAUAAUUAAAUGAAAAAAAUUUGAAAUUUUCAAUGUUGAUACAUAUAUUUCAUUAUAUUUUUUUUAAUAUUUAAAUUAUGAAGAUAGUAAAUGAAUCAACAAUUGCAUCAACUUUAUUUUCAUCUUUGUCACCUUAUUCAUCUGAUGGAAAUUAUGUUGGAAGUGAAGUUGAAAAAUGGUUGGAAGAUAAAGUAGCAGGGUUUCGAAUUUGGCAACUUGCUGGCAUAAUUCUUUCUAUUCUACUUAGUAUAUUGAUUGGAUUUUGUUGUUGCAUCAGAUUCAGAGUACCACGAACUAAACAAGAAAUAGAAGCUGAUUAUAUUCGAAAAAAAAUAACAGACAAUUUUAGACAUGAGUUAUUUAAAAUCAAUAAUAUAGAAAUGAAUGAUAUGGAUUUGAAAAAAGCAUUAAGCAAAAUUCAAAAUAAAUUUGAUAUAGAAACUUAUGAAGUACAAAAGCUUCAUGAAGAAUUAACAUACAAAAAUAUGCAUAAAUUGCAUUCAAAAUUCAGUGGAAUAUUUAAUGGAAUUUAUUUUAAUAAACAAGAAUAUCCCAAUACUGGUAAUAUAAUUUAAUAAAUUUAUAAAUUAUUUUACUUAUUAUCAAAUACAGAUACAGAUCUUAUUUUUUAAAAUAAUGAUUAUUACUAAUAUUAUAUUUCUAAUUAAAAUUUAUAAUAACUAAAUUAGAUAUUAUAAUAAGAGAUAAGAAAUAUAACAUUAAAUAAAAUAAAUAAAUUCUAUACAUCAUUAAUUGACUAAAUAUAAUCUUUAUUUUAUGAGCAUAAUACAGAAAUUAAGUUAUCUUACAUGCAACAAUAAUCUAUAGCAAAAGAUAAUACAUUUUAGAAAGCAUAUAAUAGAACUAGUAUAUAUUACCUACCACAUUAUUUAUUUACUUAUAUUAUUAGAUGAUUAGUAUUGUAAAAAGUGCAGAUUCUUCAUUAUUUUUAAACAAAAUAAAUUUUUUACAAAUUAUAUAUAAUUUAAAUGAAAUAUCAUAUAGAUAUACACAUAUAUGUGUAUAACAUUCAUAAAAUAAGAAAUAAAUAUAGUAUAAAUUUUAUAUUCUCAUUCAUGAUUAAAGAUUAUUAUAUUUGUUUUUAAAGGAUGUUAUUACUAUUAGUAUAUUUAUAAAAUUAAAACAUCUUAUAAUGUGAAACAAAAUUUUUAGAUAAUACUUUUUAGAUAAUUCUUAUUGUCUCUCUCUCUCUCUCUCUCUUUGAAAACUGAAAUAUUUUUAUAUUUUACUAUAUAUAUUUGAAUAACUAUAAAAUUAUGCAUUAUUGUUAAUUUUAAAAUUAUAUUAAUAUUUUUUGGAAAUAUUAUAAAAUAAAAUUUAACAGAAUAUAGAUACUUAUAAAACCUAUUUAUUUGUUGACAAAUAAAAUAAAUAGUAUAAUCGAAUAUAACUUUUACAACUGAUUUUAUACAGGAAAUAUUGAAAAUCAAGCAAAGGAAAAAAAUAACAAAAUAUAAAUUCUUUUUAUAAAAACUUGAAUAUUCAAAAAAUUAAAUUUAACAAAAGUUAAAUUUUAAUCAAUUUUUUAGAAAUAUGGUUAUAUAUGUUGAUAUAAAUAUUUCUCACAGAAAAAUAAAAAUUUUAGAAGAAAUAUUUGUCAUAUAUACAUACAUCGCUCACACAUAUUUUACACACACGCAUAUAGGAAUGAUUUAAUUAAUUAAUAGUAAUUUAACUAGUUCAAUGCUCUUUCCAUUUCAUAGAAUGAUUAUUAAUUUAGUAAGGAAAUCUAUAUCAGGUUUACAAAGAUCUAAUCUAAAUUUCCAACAUUGUACAACACCAACUGGUGUAUUAUUUUUCAUAUUUUUAAUAAUAUCACAUAUAGUAGUUAUUCACAUGUGGAAUAUUUUAAUCAUACUCUGAUGAAUUACGCCAUUAAAAAGUUUAAUAAGUCUUCUAUAGAUAAUUGUAUGAAUCAAUAAAUUUUUUUAGAAAUAAUACAUCAAAAUAAGAAAAAAGUUAUUUGUUUCAUAUUUAUAUUUAUAAAUAUAAAUAGGAAAAAUAUAUUUAAAUAAAUAAUUAUUUUUUAAUUAAAAAAUAAUUUUUUUAAAAUAGAUAUUCUUUUAUCUGAAAAAAUGAUUUAUAAUAAAAAUAAAUUUAAGAGAAUUUUAAUAUUUCUAACAUAUCUCAUUUGAAAUUAAAUCCUGUAAUAUUGUAGUAUGAUCUAUUUCGAUUUUUCUAAAAUGAAUUCCUACAAGAAAUAUUGAUUAACUAGACCUUAUAAGAGAAUUUUCACAUGGAACAAGGAUAUUUUAUGUUUUAUUCUACCUAUAAAUUAAUAAAGUAGGAAAAACUUCAUGGACUAGAGGAUCCAAUAGAAACGUAAUGUACAAUAUUGUUUUGAAAGAAUUCAAAGUUGUUGUACAUUGUGCAAAACGUUUCCAUAGAAUGAAAGAACUAUUUAUGCUUUUAAAAUCUAUUUGCAUGCAUUCUUUCAAUAUGAUUUUAUUUAUAAUAAUAAAGAGGUAUAGGCUGACAUUUAAGUAUAGCGAUGAUAGGAUACCUCUAAUUGAUGAAGAUUGGAAACUAACUACGAGGUAAGAGGUUUU